AUGGAACUUACAAUGGAGAAUUUGGGGAACCUUCACAGUGUAUCGCACUCCCAAGCUGGAGAACUCAUGAGCUCCACACACGGCAGACAAGCUUCUCACAGAAAUCUGGUUUCUCAUGGCCGACCUGCAAUGGUGACAAGCAUGGCUUCCAUACUGGACGGGGGGGAUUAUAGAAGCGAGCAUACUCUCUCUGGCCCACUCCAUCCCGGUAUGAACAUGUCCUGUGAAUCCCCAUCUGGCAUGAGCCUAAGCAGCACCUACACAACCCUGACCCCUCUCCAACACUUACCCCCCAUUUCCACGGUAUCCGACAAGUUUCACCACCCGCAUCACCACCACCACCACCAUCACCACCACCACCAGAGGUUGACAGGGAACGUAAGUGGAAGUUUUACUUUGAUGAGGGACGAGAGGAGCUUAACAUCUAUGGGCAAUCUCUAUAGUCACUACCCAAAGGACAUGGCGACCAUGGGUCAACCGCUGUCUCCUCUGUCCAAUGGUCUUGGCUCUUUGCACAACUCACAACAGUCACUGGGCCCUUAUGGCCAUGCUGGGCACUUAGCCAGUGAUAAAAUGCUGUCACCAAAUGGAUUCGAAUCUCAUGCUGCCAUGUUAUCUAGGAGCGAGGACCAUCUAACAAGAAGCUUAGGUGCCCCGGGAGCUGGCAUGAUGCCCCCUUUAAAUGGCAUGCAUCCACAUGGUCAUCAUCACUCGUCGUCCAAUGGCUCCAUAAUUAGCGAAAGGGACAGACAAGCAUCCACUUCUGGGUCCCAGUCUGGUGGCAAUGGUCAAGUGGAGGAGAUUAACACUAAGGAGGUUGCUCAAAGGAUCACGGCGGAACUGAAGAGAUACAGUAUACCGCAAGCCAUUUUUGCCCAAAGGAUUUUGUGCAGGUCUCAAGGAACUCUGUCAGAUCUCCUGAGAAACCCAAAGCCUUGGAGUAAGCUAAAGUCCGGCCGGGAGACCUUCAGGAGAAUGUGGAAGUGGCUGCAAGAACCCGAGUUCCAGAGGAUGUCUGCCCUGAGGCUUGCAGCUUGUAAACGCAAAGAACAAGAACAACAGAAAGACCGUAAUCUUCAGCCUAAAAAGCAGCGAUUAGUAUUUACAGACCUUCAAAGACGUACCCUUAUUGCCAUCUUCAAAGAAAAUAAACGUCCUUCAAAGGAAAUGCAAAUUACAAUUUCACAGCAGCUAGGUUUGGAGCUAAACACUGUCAGUAAUUUCUUCAUGAAUGCUCGGCGGCGAUGCAUGAACCGAUGGCAAGAAGAAACUGGAGUGAAUUCCGGGAUGCCUUCAGCUUCCAAUAGCAAUUUUUCGAAGGCGUGAGCUCAUUACAACUGUACAUCCUGAAAUGAAAUCCCCAGCUACAAAUACCUUGAAAUAUACUGAAAAGCAGUACACGUUCUAGCACUGCAAGACAAUAUAAACACAAAAAAUCAAUAGUUGUACUUCUUUAUCAGGUUUUGGUUGUCCAUAUUUAACAAUCAAAAGACUAAAUAAUGUAAUUUCAGUUUACAUUUUUUCUCUUCACCAGUAUAUGCAGAAAAUAUCAACUAACAAAGAAAGAUGGCAAAAACGGUUAACUUUUAACCAAAUUAUGGGUCAAUGAUAGACAAAAUAUUAAUUUAUUUAAAUAAAAAGACCCCUCAAAAAAAGCUUUCCAAAAUGAAAAAUUCAAGAUAAAGAAAACUCUGCAGCACUGGGAUUUGUUCAAGCACAUUCUAAAGUAGUGAUCAUUCUUUUAAAAAGCAAUCUACCUAAUCAUAUGUUAGAAAGAAGGGAAAAAAAACAAGCAAAAGAAUGCCAAAAAGCAACUAAAAUUACAAAAUACAAGUAACUACAAGUGCAUAUGCCUCCAAUAUUUUUUCAGUCUCCAAAUAACACAUUUAAUGCAUUUAAUCAGGUAAUACACAAGGAAACACCUGAAAUGAGAAGAACAUUAACUGGUGGAUUUCAGUGCAAGAUAAAUGUAUUUUGUGCCAGUAAUAACUGCCUUAAAGCUUUUGGUGGAAGAUGGUACUUUACCAGAGUGGUGGACAGUUCCUCACCUUGUUUCCAUACCAAUGUAGAAAAAGAGGGGGAAAAAAGCAGACAAGAAAUUUUUUUAUUCUUCUUAGAGCUGAUUCUUCUUCUAAACUCAAUAGACCUGGUGAAGGCGCAAUUCCAAAAUCAUCCUUGGGGACUUAAAUAUAACUCAUGUUAGAGGUCUUAAGCCUUAGUCACUGCAAUGACUGGUAGGUGGGUUAAAUACCACAUGGACAGACUUUAUGAAAUGAUGCGGGUAUUAAAAUAUAUAGCUUAUGCGUUUUAAAUAAGGAUUCUCCAUUUUAUGGUAUAAGAAUUGUAUAUAAACAAGUAGGCACCUUGAAAAAGUAUAUACAAUACAUACAAGGAAACAGAACUGGAAAAUGAAGAAGCAAAAGCCCCCCCCUUUAGCGAAAGGUACUUGAAUAUUAUUAUUUUCCUUUUUUUCUAUUAUAUCAUUUGGAUUAGUCUUUAUCAAACUAUAAUGUAUGGAGAGAUACAUGUCGAUAUUAAGAUUGAGUACUGAAAAGUAUUUGAGUUUGAAAUGUAUCCAAGUAUACCUCCUAAGCAACAAAAAUCCAGUCUACUAAAUGUUUCCAGCAGCUGAAGGUAUUAACAUGGAUCCUGAUUUGACAACCAAAGAGAUGAAAAUAGUAAUAUUUCUACCUGGGGCAACAUAAAGACAUUUGACUUAAUAUUCUCUUGGUGGGAAAGAUGACAUAUAAGACUUUUCUUGUGAGAACCUCAUAGUAAAGGCUACCUCACUUGAGUUUUCAAUUUGUGAUUGUAAAAAGAAAUCACACCUGAUACCAAAGAUUUUGUUCCUACUUGCCUGGUCUGUGCUGAAAUGCACUUUCUGAAAUGUGUGUGUCAUGUGUUUAUUUCCUGCUGUCUACAUCUUUCAUCUUUUUGUUAAGGUUACCUUUUUAAAUGUCUUUUUAUUUUUCAAUCACAUUAUUUAUAUAUAAUAUAAAAGCUGCUGAACAGAGCACAAUAUUUU